GAUACAACAGCGCAAAGCGAAUGAAUAGAGGUUGUUAGUUGGAUCAGGCGCAAUUCCGGGAUGUAAAAAAAAUUGUUCCAACUCCGCCGGAGGAUUGAGAAUUAAUCGUAUACAAGAACAACCGAAUUAAAGUUUUUCUCGAUACUUUUGCCUAAGUUAAUAUGAUCUCGCACUCCAACAUAAAAUUUGAUAACAAAUAAAAUUGCUACGGUCCCUAUUUCGAAGAGAAUAGUUAAUCUAGCACAGAUAUACUCAAUGUAGCAUUCUCCAAAGCACAUAUCUUUUAGUAGGAGUUUAUCUGAAAACAAAACUGAAAACAAUCCGGUGCAGAACGAAAUCCUACUCAGCUAAGCAUGGAAAUUUCCAAAGACAAGACAUCCGGUUUAUCCAGUACGACAAAAACCCGAGACUGUGUUACCUUCGACGAUGCUCUCUCGAUGACGAAGUUUGGAAAACUGAACUAUGUUCUAAUCGCCAUAUCGGGAACAGUGCUAACAGCAUUCCUGCUGGAAACCUUAGGCAUUAGUUAUGUCAUAGCUGUAGCCCAAUGUGAUCUACAACUAACUACCAAAGAGAAGGGAAUACUCAGUGGGAUUGCUUUCGUAGGAGUCAUCGUCAGUUCACAUCUGUGGGGAUUUUUGGCUGACACCAAAGGCCGCAAGAAGGUGAUUGUUCCGACACUAUGUCUGAGUUUCGUCACAUCCGCUCUGUCCAGUCUUGCAACAGGUUUCUGGUCGAUUGUAAUUUUACGCUUCCUUGCUGGUUUUUUCGUUUCGGGUUCAUCGGCAACCAUCUACGCCUAUCUUGGCGAGUUUCAUAACAAACGAAACCGAUCCCGUGCCAUUAUGGGUGCCUCGUUCGUCUUCGGAAUCGGAUGUUUGUUACUACCGGCGAUCGCGUAUCUCGUAAUCAAUCACGAGUGGGAAUUCGAGGUUCCAGUGCUGAGCAUCAUCUAUCGUCCAUGGCGAUUGUUUCUCGUUGUUUGUGGUUUACCAAGUCUAGUCUGUGGUUUUGCUUUACUUGCUUUACCGGAAAGUCCUAAAUUCGUACUGCAUCAAGGAAACAUGCAGGCAUCGAUCGACACAAUUCAGUGGAUGCAUUUAGUUAAUAGCGGAAAAACUGCUCACAAACUAACGAUUGAUCGGAUUCUCGCGGACGAAGAAGACAAGCAAUUCGAAGAACGCCGUGCUGUUCUGACCAACUCCAAAGGUUUCCGCGCUAUGAUGAAAUUGGUUUGGGAUCAGACUGCUCCUCUCUUUCGUAAACCUUAUUUGGGUAUAACGGCUAUCGUGUGUUUCCUACAUUUCGGAACAUACUUCACUUCGCACGGAAUGUACAUGUUUUUUCCGGAGAUUCUAAAUCAGAUGGUGGGAUCGACGGCCGCCGGUGUUAGGGAGGCCACUGUGUGCAGUAUAGUUUAUAGGUAUAUUAAUCAAACUGCUUCAGCACCAGACGAUGAUCAAAUUUGUACUCCUCAAAUGCUGGAAGCUGCUACGUACGGACUUUCGUUCAUGCUUGAAGUGAUCUACGCCUUAGGAUUCGCAUUGAUCGGCUUAGUCAUCAACGCGGUUGGAAAGCUGUCGAUUUUGGUUUUUGUUUUUGUAGGCUGCGGUUUAUCAGCGGUGUUAAUAAUUUUAGUAGCUGUUCCACAGGUUGGUAUGGGUCUCUAUAUGAUACUGGUGAUGUCAGGUUUUAGUGGAAGUGUAGUAAAUGCCGUCAUUGUGGAUCUAUUCCCAACUAAUCUGAGAGCAAUGGCUGUCUGUAUUGCGUUGAUGUUCGGCCGAUUGGGAGGUGUCAUAGGAGCCAACAUGCUUGGAUUAUUGCUGGACACGCACUGUGAGUGGACUUUUGCGAUUUCUGGUGCUUUUCUGGGGAUUUGUGCGCUGCUAUCGUUCUUCAUACCGAACAUCAAUGGGUGCACGCGAAAAACCACCGAAACAACAUCAACGUUGUCCUCCAAAGAAGAAAGUUGAAAGCUUCGAUGAUUGCUAUAUUCUUAAUUCACUCAUUAGCAAGUCCGUUGACCAGUUCUAAUAAAAGUAUUUUUUCCGAUAGAA